AUGAAGAAGUGGCUUUCAAGGAUGAAGAAUGACGUAGUCAAGUUCGAUCAGCGACUCGAGGAGGAUGUCCUUACGAAAGAAAGCUUUGGAAUUGUGGUGGAAGAGCUUCAAGGCCAAUUUCAGAAAGCCCUUAACUCCGCGCUGGACUCCAUCAAGCUAGAUGUCCAAACGCAACUAGAUCAUUUCAUGGCAGAACUUAUUGCACUUCGUGAUGAAAUGAAGGAUGUGAAGGGAGAUUGA